AUGGAACUUGGGGUCGAAAACAACGAGGGUCAAGAUCCGGCAGAAGAUGCUGCCGUAUCCGAAGUGCGUCGCCGCAACAAGCGCACCAAGACUCCCAUCGCGUGCGUGCCGUGCCGGAUGACAAAGACCCGAUGUGUUCUGGUGCAAGGCCACGAGUCUUGUGAGGCCUGUCUCAAGAAGUCUCGGACGUGUGUCCAGCCCGGACCGGCAAAACCGCGCACUAAGUCGUCGCAGAAGAUCAGCGAGCUCGAAAGCAAGAUUGCGUCGCUCUCAUCCGCAUUGUCGGCGAGACAGCCUCAGGACCACCAACAACUAGGAGAGUCCAGUGUCUCUGGGACGCCGACGCAGUCCGUGUCGUCGGAACGGUCGAGAGACUUUUCGCUCUCGUUCCGCCGUCCGACAUGGGAACAUUUGCAUGAGUCCCAGUCGAAGCAGCACUAUUCCGCUCCACCAGCCGAUCUUGACGUCGUGGACCGGGGAUUGCUCGAUGUACCCACGGCCGAGGUUCUUCUCGACCAUUGGAACACCUCCAUGCGCCCGAUCUUGCCCAUUGUCGCACUCUCCGGGAAGAACCUGCACGAGUGCAGAAGGACGAAGCCGAUGCUAUUCCUGGCCAUUCUGAGCGUCGCCAGCGCCUCGAUCUUGCCGUCUUUCCAGUCCCCGCUGGUCAAAGAACUGAAACAUCAGCUGGCCAAGCAGAUUCUGGAACAAGGAAGACGAUGUCUCGAUCUCGUCCAAGCGUGCCUUUUGUACUCGCAGUACUACACCCACGAUCCGGACUCACCGCAUGCUUUGCCGACGCAGUUUGUCUCCGCGGCCAUUACGAUGUUGUGCGAUCUUGGGGUGGUCGAACACAUCACCGUUGCGUCGGGUCCUAACAAGGACGAAGCAAGGGAGGUGGCCCGGGCAUAUCUGGCGUGCUGUAACGCCACGUUAUUCCGGCAGCAAAAUCUUAUGCCUCCAUCGAGUCGUCUCGAAGCGUGCAUCAACGUCUUGUUGACGGCACUUCCCGUGACUCCCUCAGAUGCCCUGCUCUGCAGCCUCGUGCGACUACAAGUUAUCCUCGACAAUGUCUCCAAUACUUUCGACUCGGGAGACAAGAAAGCGGAUGGGGACUUUGACAGUCCGACCGUCCAGUACCAGCUGAGAACCUUCCAGGAGCGCUUACGGAGCUGGGAGGCCUCGACGCCGGAGUUCGUCGACGACCGCUUGAAAAGGUGCUUGGUGCAGUUCGCCAACAUGUGUCUCCACCAGACCGCCGUGCGAUGCUACAUGCACAAAUCGUUCGCAUGCGAUGCCGCCGGAAAUUUUCACGCGUCCGACGUCACGCUCAGCUCCCAGCACGUCAGUUCAAUCUGCAGCUGCAUAGACUCGAGCCAGACAUUACUCGACGCGUACCUAUCGCUCGACAGUCGCCUGGCCCGAGCGCUCCCCAACCACUAUCUCAUGUGGACCUUGUAUGCAGCGGUUGCUCUUAUUAAGAUUACCCCGUUUAGAGAGGCGAUGAGGGACCGGACCCCGGCGGCACAUCCCGAAGAAGCAUCCGCCGUGUCUCAUCUAGACGCAAUGCUAAGCAAGAUCUCGGAGAUCACACAAGACGGAUAUCUCCCGCAGGCCCGGACCUGGGGCAUGGCGUUCGCCAAGCUCCGACUGUGGUACCUGCACAAGAAACAGGUGUGCAUCAGCUCCAGCGGGCGGUGUGACGCUGGCAGCGAUGACGGACCCGUCUACAGUGUCUUUGGAAACGGGAACGAGCGGCAAUCGCCGACGGAGGUCCCGGGCGUAGUUCACGGGGGAUCGGCACCCCCGUCGCUACUAUCUAUCCAGAGCCUGACUGAAAAUGGGACGACUCCUGAUCAGUCAAGUAGGCAAGCAACGUCAAUAGGCCCGUAUGGACCCCCUGCCGCCGCCGCCGCCGCCGGCGUAUUCGGUGCUGGUCCCUUGCAGUCGCCGACAUCCACGCCCGGCGGACGGCCGCGACAGCCCUUUGAUGCCACCACAGCUUCGGCCGAGGCGGCGUACGACCCUUUCAGCUAUGCCGGAACGAACUGGGACGAUUUGUUCCUCGACACGAACUCGUUCCGAGAGUUCGAAUCUCUCCUGAUGGACGACUCAGAUUCUUGGUUGAAGAUGUUGAUCUGA